GCAUUCGAAUCUAUAGCAAAAUGCAAUUCACAAUCAAUCAAAACUCACAAGGAGCAAGAAUGUUGCCUCUUCUCCUGCUGGCUCUGGUAGUUGCAGUCGGAUGCAGUGCGUCCGAGGAGAAGACGCUGCCGAAGCGUAGCAUUGGCGAUGUAUCCAUUCCCUGGGCAGCGACGAGUGGCGGACAGUUCGGCAGCGCCUGGAACACUGGCGGCUGGGCUGGCCAUCUGGCGGGCAGCAGUGCCGCCUGGAGUGCUGGCCAUGCUCCGCUGAAGACUGCCCCAUCGCCCAGUGAAGUGGCCAAUGCCAUUGCGGCUGCCAAGCAGGCGUCGGCCAAUGUGCUGAUUGCCCAGCAGCAGAUGCAGGCGGCCAAGGAGAACGUGCUGAACCAGCAGCGCAUUGCCAUGGAGAAGGAGACCCAUGCCGCACUCCUGACCCAGAAGUCGGAGGCAGCUGCGGCCAUUCAGCGCUCGGAGGCGGCCUCUGCUGCCUCGGCUGUGGUGCUGGCCCAGCAGCGUCUGGCCGCCUCCAAGGCAGCCGUUGCCUAUCAGCAGCGCAUCGCCGCCGCUCGCGAGGCUGAGGCUGCUUCGGCGCUGCAGCGCUCCGCUCAUGCUGCCGCCGCCGAGAUCCAGAAGACCGAAUACGAAGCAGCCAAGUUCGGACAGUUCACACGUAACGGCAAUGCCGGCGCAGCCCAUCACCUGACGAUCAUCAAGGAUGCCGCACUCUCGCCCAUCACUGCCGGCACGAAUCAUGUGCCCAAUCUGGAGACCAUUGGCCUGACACCCUGGCUGCAUGGCAAUGCCCACCACAAGCCAACUCCCGGCUCUGCCUGGUUGUAAUACGAACAGACCUGAUUAUCUAAAAGACCUGAUUAUCUA